AUGAACAAGCAGAGCUACGGGGAGGUGAACCAGCUCGGCGGGGUGUUUGUGAACGGCCGGCCGCUGCCCGCCCCGCUGCGGCUCCGCAUCGUGGAGCUGGCUCAGCUCGGCAUGAGGCCCUGUGACAUCAGCCGCCAGCUGCGCGUGUCUCACGGCUGCGUGUCAAAGAUCCUCGCGCGCUACAACGAGACGGGCUCCAUCAUGCCCGGUGCCAUUGGUGGCAGCAAGCCGCGGGUCACCACUCCCGCCGUGGUCCGCAGCAUCCAGGAGUACAAGCAAGGAGACCCGGGGAUUUUCGCCUGGGAGAUCCGAGACAGGCUGCUGACAGACGGGGUGUGUGAUAAGUACAACGUGCCGUCAGUGAGCUCCAUCAGCCGGAUCCUCAGGAAUAAGAUUGGGAAUGUUUCUCAACAUGAGAUCAGCAAACCGGCUCCGGCUCAGAUGCCCCCAUACGGACACGUCUACCCUUACUCACCCACCGGGAGCAGGACCGGAGCAGGACCCACCGGGCACGUCGGGCUGCCCCGGAGCUGGCACAACAUCCUGGGCAUCCGAGCCUUCAUGGACCCGGCAGCUCUGUCUGGAUCUGAUGGUCACUCAACCAAAGUGGAGGACUGGACCAGUAUGACCAGUAUGAGCAGCAGACCGUUACCUUCUGGACUCAAUGGAGCCGACAAAACCAACAACGAGCCAGACCUCAAAUACCCACAACAGUCUUCAUCCAGCCUGUCUGGUUACGUCCCAGCUUGUGCGUACUCUCCACCGAACCAGUACGGUGUGUACGGAGGCCCGGCGGCCAACUACAUGAUCCCUGGACACCACUGGCAGCCUCAGUCAUCCAAUCUGAAUCCCAGUUUGACUCCCAGUCUGGUUCAUCCCGGACCCGCUGCAUCGCUGGAGGCUGCAGAUUUCCACCAUGCUACAUCUUUUAAACUUUCACAGAGAGAAGUAAAUUUGCAGCCACUCAGCUGUACCGCCGUCAUCACAGAGCAGAUGGAGACGGAGAGGCUUCACGGCGGACCAGCCGGUCAGCGUUUGACGUCGGAGGGCGAGGGUGCGGUUACAGGCCUCAGAGACCGACGGUACGUUGUGUAG